GGCUUGUUCCCAUUCAUGCCCGCGGGCAUCGGGUGUUGUGCCUCAGUGCUUUGGUGGCUCGGCUCCGACACUACCACUCCGUUUGAGCCAAGUUCCAGUGGCUAAAGCUAAAUGUGCUGCUCAGCUGCUCAGUCUGUGACCAGCGCUCGAGCCGAUUCGUUUGGCGCAAUCCUUCCUCAGCGAAAACGAAACUCACGCGGCGGCUGCAGCUCGUUUUUUUUCUUUUCGUUUGUUUUCACUAUCCACACAUUUCACGGCUGCGUUUCUUGCGGUCUGGCUUUCAUUGUUUCGACCCUCAAACGCCUUUUUUUCACGUUUACCUUUACGGCUCCUAUCUACGAAACGACGCUUCUUGAGCGAAACGACACGGAAAAAUGGUCGGGACACUGUCGACCAGGCCUUAACUGUCACACAGUUUAGUUUUGUGUUCACACUGCGAGAAAAGCCACAGCAGCGAAUAAGCUAGAGAAGCGAGUCAAAAUUUGUGCAUUUGCGGCCGCCGCCAAAGGGGCUCCGUGAGGCUCCGUGAUAUAACAGGAGUUGCCGCUCGACUUUCUUCGCCUUUCUUUCUUGGUCUCUCUCUCGCUCGCUCGCGCGUCGGAAGUCGAAGUCGCAGUCGGGGUCCCCAUGUGGCAGCUCCAUUGACCAGGAGGCAAGAAACCGGAGCGCCGAAAUUAACCACUGUGCUUUUGGGCCAAUUCGUUUCACAAUUGAGGAAGUGAGCCGCAACUUUUAAAUGAAGAAACAUGGGGAAUGGCAUGAACAAGGUCUUGCCGGGACUUUAUGUGGGCAACUACCGCGACUCCAAGGAUCAUGCCCAGCUGGAGAGGUUCAAGAUCUCGCACAUCAUCGCCAUACAUGACAGUCCGCGGCGUCUGCUGCCGGACAAGCACUACCUGUGCGUGAUGGCCUCGGACACGCCGGACCAGAAUCUCUCCCAGUACUUCUCCGUCUGCAACGACUUCAUCCACGCCGCCCGCCUGCGCGAAGGCAACGUGCUCAUCCACUGCCUGGCGGGGAUGUCGCGCUCGGUGACCGUGGCCGUGGCCUACAUCAUGACGGCCACGCACCUCAACUGGAAGGAGGCCCUGAAGGUGGUUCGUGCCGGUCGCGCCGUGGCCAAUCCCAACACCGGUUUCCAGAACCAAUUGCAGGAGUUUGAGCAAUUUAAGCUGUCCGAGGAGCGUCGCCGGCUGAGGGAACGCUUCCCAUCGUCGGCUCUGGAGCAACUGGAUCGCACCAAGGUGGUCACGGCACUGGAUAACUACCAGGAGCUCCUGCAGAAUCGCGACAUCUGCGAGGGCAACUGCUCCCGCGGCGAGAAGUGUCCUACAGGCGUCUGCAACAUGGACCCCACCAAGGGCUUGUUCCGCCGUCGUCCCUCCAACGCCUCCACCCACUCGCGCCUGCGUGCCCAGUCCUCCAAUGCCAACGCCUCGUCCAGUUCGCUCAGCGUGAGCAGUGCCGCCGCCCAGUCCUGCCCCACGUCGCCCAAGAACUCACCGCUCCCGCUGGUCCGCCGCUCGGUGGGCAACGAGCGAAUCCCCGAGGACGAGAUCGUCCUGGAGCAGCCGCCCACCACGUCCCGCGAGGCGGCCGAGUAUGCCGCCGCCUUCGAGGAUGCCCGCCGCGAGUGCAGCGAGCAGCGCCAGCAGCAGCUGGGCCGGAGCCAGCGCUCGCCCCGGCUGGGCAACUCCUCCAGGGAAGCGCCACGGCCGGGCAACUCCUCCAGAGAAACGCCCCGGGUGAGCAGCGCCGGCAGCCGGAGGGAGUCCGCCGCCAGGGAGGGGAGCGGCACCGCCCAGCUGCAGCGCAGUGCCAGCACGGUCAGCGGCUUCGGAGUGCGUCCGCGGAGUAGUCCGGCUGGUCUGCACGCCUAUACGGGCUCGGUUCCUUCCUCCGUCCACGGGUCUCGAGUGGAUCUGCGGGAUGCCGACAAGGGAUCGGCCAUCUACCUGGGCUGCUCGGCACCGAGAGCCUCCACCCUGUCUAUAUCCUCGUCGAGGGGGUCGUCGGGUGGCUCUGCCCCGCCCUCGCCCUGCCACACGCCCCCCGCCAGUCCACGUCAUGGCGUGAAAAGAUCCACCAGCCUGGUGAAGAAGCCGAGAUGAAGUCCCCAGCCAGUCCUCACAAGGCGAGGAGGUUUUUUUUCAAAGAAGAAGAGUUGCCCAGGCAUCUGAAUCUGUAACUAUAAAUCUGUAGUCCUUAAGCAACUGGCACCCACUUUGGCUAAAAUGCGCGCGUGACCUGCAGACUUGUUUGGAAGAGGACCACGGAUUCCUUCGAUUGGUCGGAUUUGUGGUAUCCUCGAGUAGCUUACUAUUGUUAGACGCUAGGGCUGAGACAUCCUUCGUUUCCGGCUUUGGCUACCAAAAGUUGUUGAUCAAUUUUUAAAACACCGCAUUCGGGGCACUGUCCUGCGAGUGCAGCCUGAAUCAAAUGAAAUCAAAUGUUGAGAGAUUAUUUUUCAGAGACGCAUUUAAGAAAUACCGACAUAUACAUAUACACACAUAUUUACUGUAUAUUAUAUAUAGCGUAUUUAUUUAUACGAGCAGAUUUGUUGUCGGUCGAUCCACUUGGAAGGACUGAUACCCCGGUUAUCCCAAGGUAUUGGCCAUUUGUUAGUUUUGUACCGCGAGUUGGCCGGCAAAGCGAUUGCGGAGACAGUCGAACAAUAAUAAUUGAGAAUUGUACAAUUGAACAAUUGCGUAUAUUUGAUUAUAUCCAUUGUUGUUGCAAAUAUUUUGAUAGCGAACAAAAAAACAAAAGCGGUGAAACCAUAGAGAAGCGUUAUAUACAUUCAUACCUAGUUGAUAUAGUAAUGACAUAUGAGAUUUGAGAUUGUUAUUUAGAAUUGUUGCAUUGUGUAGCAUUGAAUAUAUAAACAAAGUUUAUUAGCUCACCCCACCCUCUUUCUUCCACACUCACCCAAAACAAAAAAAAAAACUCGGACCCCCCAAACGAGAUGAAAAGCAAUAUGGAGCGGACUUUUCCACAUUAAAUCACCAAACAAAAUUAAAUCUAAUCUCGAAAAAUCGCAUUAAAGUGUGCUUUAAAGCUUGUGGCUUAUCAUAAUGAAACCAAAAACACAAUUAAAAACUAUAAUCGAGUAAGAAGGUAAAAUUAUUUACAACCUUUCCUAGAAUAUCGAAAACAAUCUAUUGGACAUUUGAGAAGUUUUUGCAAGCUGGCUUUGACAAAAAAUAAAAAUGGUUCAGAGAUACACAAAAACACAUACAUAUUGAACGGCGAUGAAUGGCGAAUCCAAUACUGUAUUUAUAAUGCCUAGAGAAAUGCACAAAUCGGUUUUAAACUAAAGUUAUAUAAAGAAAUCGUUAAGUUUGUCAAAUGCAUACAAUUAUUAUACAAUAAUAAAAGCAACUGUCUCCAAGACACAGCAAUUAGAAUGAAAUCUGAUUGCGUAACAAAUAGAA